UUGGAGGUGCACAGAGCUGGAGUCGUGUGCCUCUCUGAGGACUGGGAGCAGCUGUGCUGCGAGCACUGAGAAAAGUCCCCAUUUGCUUCUUAUAAAUUAAGUUCCUUGUCACCAGUUAGGGCAAGUCAGCCAAGCAGUUGCAGGGACAGUGGGAUUGAUUUGGUGGCUUGUGUGAAAGAAGGAAAGCACAUAGUUAUCACUGAGCAGUAAAAAAUGGUUGGUUGUGGCAGUGUAUUGUGAAGACCUCAAGAAACACCAACAGUUUCUCCACUCAGUUUUCAUGAUGUAAAUGAAGUCUGGCUUUUCCCCAAUGGGCAGCUAAACCAUGGACAGGCUAAAAAAAAAGUUUUGGACUGUCUUUCUAAACCAGGCUUCACCUUCCCUCUUGAAAACCUGUUAAAGGAUUACAGUUGAAACGGACAAGAGAAAAGGAAACCUUGAACUGGAAAGUUAACCUACAAUGAGAAUUACGAGCACAUCUUGUAUCUGCCCAGUCCUAGUUUGUCUCUGUUUUGUGCAGAGAUGUUAUGGAGCUGCUCACCAUGGCUCCAUCAAGGUGACUAGAAAUCAAACCAAACACAUAGAAGGUGAAACAGAAGUACACCAUCGUCCCAAACGUGGAUGGGUGUGGAACCAGUUCUUUGUUUUAGAAGAGCACAUGGGACCAGAUCCUCAAUAUGUGGGAAAGCUACACUCCAAUUCCGACAAAGGUGAUGGAUCAGUCAAGUACAUCCUUACUGGAGAAGGGGCUGGAACUAUAUUUAUUAUUGAUGACACUACAGGAGACAUUCAUUCAACCAAAAGCCUGGAUCGAGAGCAGAAAACACACUAUGUGCUGCAUGCCCAGGCUAUUGACAGACGAACAAACAAGCCUCUCGAGCCUGAAUCUGAAUUCAUUAUCAAAGUGCAGGACAUCAAUGACAAUGCACCCAGAUUUACAGAUGGACCAUACAUUGUUACUGUGCCAGAGAUGUCUGAAAUGGGUACCUCUGUUCUACAGGUAACAGCCACAGAUGCCGAUGACCCUACGUAUGGGAACAGUGCUCGGGUGGUGUACAGUAUUCUUCAGGGACAGCCAUACUUCUCUGUUGACCCUAAAACAGGAGUUAUCAGGACUGCCUUGCAUAAUAUGGACAGGGAAGCCAGAGAGCAUUAUUCCGUUGUCAUUCAAGCCAAAGAUAUGGCUGGGCAGGUUGGAGGGCUAUCAGGGUCAACGACUGUAAAUAUCACACUCACCGAUGUCAACGACAAUCCACCAAGGUUUCCUCAGAAACAUUACCAGCUGUAUGUUCCUGAAUCAGCUCAAGUUGGAUCAGCAGUAGGCAAAAUCAAGGCAAAUGAUGCAGACACUGGAUCGAAUGCAGACAUGAAGUACACCAUCAUAAAUGGUGAUGGCUCUGGCGUGUUCUCCAUAUCCACUGACAGAGAGACACGAGAAGGAAUUAUUUCCCUGAAGAAGCCACUCAACUAUGAAAAGAAGAAAUCCUAUACACUUAAUAUAGAAGGUGCAAAUACCCAUCUUGACAUUCGCUUCUCACAUUUGGGACCAUUUAAGGAUGUAACUAUGCUGAAGAUCAUUGUUGGAGAUGUGGAUGAACCUCCACUUUUCACCAUGCCUUCCUACAUUAUGGAAGUUUAUGAAAAUGCAAAGACCAGGACUGUUGUUGGCACAGUGACAGCACAAGAUCCCGACAGUGCUAACAGCUUAGUAAGAUAUUUCAUUGAUCAUAAUUCAGAAGAAGAUAGAUAUUUCACCAUUGAUGCUAACACUGGAACCAUUAAGACUGCCAAGAUCUUUGACAGAGAGGAAACACCUUGGUAUAACAUUACAGUUGCUGCUUCUGAGAUAGACAAUCCUGGCCUGCUGAGUCACGUUCCAGUUGGCAUUAGAAUCCUGGAUGUCAAUGACAACCCUCCAGAGCUUGCCAGAGAAUAUGAUAUAGUUGUCUGUGAGAAUGCAAAGCCUGGUCAGGUUAUUCAGACUAUCAGUGCCACUGACAAAGAUAUCUCUGCAAAUGGGCCAAGAUUCCAUUUUUCUCUUGAUGAGGGCCUUUCUUUGAAUCCCAACUUUACACUAAGGGACAAUGAAGAUAAUACAGCCAGCAUCCUGACCAGACGGAGAAGAUUCAGUCGAACCACUCAAGAUGUCUAUUACCUCCCUAUUUUGAUUUCUGACACUGGAAUCCCCUCCCUGACCAGUAGCAGCACACUUACAAUCAGGGUGUGUGCAUGUGAGAGAGAUGGACGUGUGCGAACCUGUCAUGCUGAAGCUUUCCUCUCCUCAGCUGGUUUGAGCACGGGAGCUUUAAUUGCGAUUCUUCUCUGUGUCCUCAUCCUUCUGGCUAUUGUGGUCCUUUUCAUCACACUAAGGCGCAGCAAAAAGGAGCCGCUGAUCAUUUCUGAGGAAGAUGUCCGGGAAAACAUUGUCACAUAUGAUGAUGAGGGUGGUGGGGAGGAGGAUACUGAAGCUUUUGACAUCACAGCCCUGAGGAAUCCAUCGGCAGCUGAGGAGCUGAAGUAUCGACGGGAUGUACGGCCCGAAGUGAAACCCACACCAAGACAUCAACCUUCCUCCAGCCUCGACAGUAUAGAUGUUCAAGAAUUUAUUAAACAAAGACUGGCAGAGGCUGAUCUGGAUCCCAGCGUGCCCCCAUAUGACUCACUACAAACAUAUGCAUAUGAGGGUCAUAGAUCAGAAGCCGGAUCUAUCAGCUCUCUGGAUUCAGCUACUACACACUCUGACCAGGAUUAUAAUUACCUUGGUGACUGGGGACCAGAGUUCAAGAAGCUAGCUGAACUCUAUGGAGAAAUAGAAUCAGAAAGAACAACUUAGUUAUCAUUCUCGGAACAAGAAAUGUUUUAGUUCCCAAACAACUGGAGGUAUAACCACAGCAACAGUAACAAUACAUGAAUAACUUGGAACUGAACAAGUUGUACACAGUUACUGUAGGAAAAAAGUGCCCUUUUCAUAUUUGAAACUGGGUUCUUCAGUUGGAAGAAAAGCAAAUUUUAAAAAAUACAAAAAAAAGAGAUACUGCUGUCCCUUGUGUAUAUUUUUUAAUUGCUCAAUAAAGUCUGUGGUACCACAUCCAUAACAAUAUCUAAAAUAAACCAAGCAAUGACAUUUUUAUUGCAAUAUGUAUAACAUACCAGAGCUACAGUAAGUCUAUGAUGGUGCCUGUUUAUGAGGAUAGCUCUCUGGAGAGCUAAUCUUAUGCAGAGGGUUGUGACACUAUUUCUAGCUCUUAAGGCCUUGGGACCAGCCUAAAGUAACCAGUGGGGUUUAUUACUGAUGUGACAGCCUCCUGCAAUCCAUUCCUUUACAGAAAGGAAACACUGGGACUAUCCUUUCAAAUGGCUUUUUGGUAUGGGCCCUUAUUAGCAUCAAACUGAGCCUUACGGAAGCACCAGCAUGUGUUGUGCCCCUCUAAAUAGUUAGGAGGAGAUUGGUUGCCUGUAUAAACACAUGUAGCCCAUAUUCACCAGGCCUGCACUAUUUAUGGAGUGGUGCAGAAGCUGUCACAUCCGUUGUUUCUGACUUGUCUUUUUAUCUUUCCACAAAAAUCCAAAUGGAAUAGUAUGAAAUAUUUCCUAUGCAGUGAAGCAGAUAAGGCAUAGGCACUCUUGCUAAAAGUAACAAUGGAGGCACCAUUACCUAUGCAGGGGUUCAGGUCACUGGGCUUCACUCAGAUCAGUGUUUGAUUCUAACUAGUUUCAUGCUGCUCUGUGGCUAGAAGCUACAACAGUCAUUUUAGGACUCUAGGGAUUUCCUAGUCAUGUGUCACAUUUAUUUGCAUAUUAAUGUGACCAAAGGAAAAAAUAAAGCUGCUGAUAAAAUAUUGUCUCAAUGCGGAAAGCAAGGAGUUUAAGUUGAUGCUACUUGGGUUAUUUAUUUAUUUAUUUUCUAUUUAUUUUUGCCUAAUGCUGAAGGAUCUUAAAAAAUUCCCCUUGAGGCACAACAAGCUGUAUUCUUUUUGUUUUCCUAAUUUAAUGUUUGAUGGGUACAUGAGCAUACUUUAAAGUCAAUGGAGGUGGAAAAAAGUUAAAUGUAAAAUGCCAUUACUGGGGUUCACACCGAGUUGAAUAAAUCAAGCUACUCCAUUGUUAAUUGUCUAUCAUUAUGGAUGCUGCAUUGUCAGCAUUUUAAUACUCAAUCCAGCCUUUUCUCGCAUUUUCCUUAGGGAAACAGGAAAGAAGUUUUCUUCUGCUUUUUAUCUGUCAUGCUCCCAUGCUAUAAUAGUCCCAGGCAUCACAAUAAUCUGAUAGGAAAAAGAUGACAGCCCAGCAUUAAGAGUGAUGUGGUGGUUGAAAGCUCCUUGGGGGAGGCUGGAGAAGCAGAUUUUUUCCCCACCUCUCCACUGCACAAGGGACAAAUAUCUGCUACUCUGCCCUUUUAAAUGGUUGAGGUUAAAAGUGCACCAAUAUUAGACUUAGUAAGCAACUAUGGAGGAGCAGCAACACCAGUGAAUCAGUCCUAACCUUCUCUCCACUGUAUCUUCCCCACCCUUUCCUGUACUUUUGGGAUGCCAUUUCCCCUAAGGUUAGUAGAAUAAGAAACAUUUUUGCUUUACCCAUCAGGCAGAGACAUCAGUUGUAUGUGUCCAUUCAGGCCAUAUAAGGGAGCUGGGAAACUCCUUAAGCCCUCCAUCACCACUACAUGCCUGCAAAAGGGUUAGCUAUAGACUGGACCUUCUGCUAAACUCACAAUGACCUUACCUUUGAGAUUUUGGAAGUUUUUAUAAGUCCCAUAUGACAUUAUACAGACAAAUCCUUUCAGGCUCAUGCUGCCUAUCAGCUGUAUUAAUACAAAGCUCACAAGCUUGGAAAGAAACACUUAAAACUUUCUUUUGCUGUUUGCUGCCACUGUGCUUCCCAUAAUCUCAUCCUGUUUUCAUGGCUUCUUGUUACUUCGUGUUCUCCAAACAAAUUUUAUCCACAAGAAGCAACAUUUCUUAAAAAUAGCUUAUGGAACAUGAACUUGUGAGAGUAUCAAAGUUAUAAUAAAAGUUGAUGGAAGAAAAGGGACGGUGAACAGGAUAAUUUACAAUUAAAUAUUCCCUGUUUCAAAUGCCAAAAUUCAAACUUUCAGUGGAAGCUGGGGGAAAAAAAUGACAAAAUAUUCUUGAAUUUGAUCUUUCUCUAGUCCAAUAUCCUGAUUCAAUUAAUGUCUAUUGCAGAAUGUCUCUGGAAAAACAAACUCUCAGAGAACUUCAUGUAAGAGCUAUUUCCAUUUAGUACAAUACUGAACUGAGUGCUUAAUGUUAAGUUCUUUUUUAAACAUUCCCUUAAAUUGAAAUCAUAAUGCACUUAGUGGUGCAAAAUAUUUUGAAGAGAAAAUUCUUACUGGUUAAAAUUAUUCUUAGUUUGUCCACCAUUGAUAUUUUUGUGUAGCAUCAAUAGAGUGAUGGGUAAGUAAGUAACUUAAAGACAAAAGCUUUCAUAAUCUAUAAUAUCCACGUUCCAUAAUACUUUGUGUUACUUCUACUCAGAAAUUACUAUUCAUUAUUAUGGUAUAGUUUUAAAUGAUAGAAACUAGGUAAGUUUAUACUGAAUUAAUCUCUCCUUACCAUAGAGUAAGUGAAAUCAAUUGCAGUUUGAACAUUAUGCAGUAGUAUAUAUGGUGCUUUAUUAUUAUGUGCAUUGUAAUAUAUGCAGGUUUGAAGCCAAACAGAAUUGAAGAGCAAGUACAUAGGCAGAUAGCUUCUCAUAAUGUUCAUGUUCUGGUUAAAUUAAUGAGAGUAAGAAAUCAUAUCUCCUAGAAAGAAUAAAACCCUUUUGAAUGCUUUGUAAUGUUCCCUACACCUUUGUUGCUACAGCACACAUAUACGGUCCACGGGACCUCUGCUAAAUCAUGUGAAGUGCAUAUUCUGCUCUGGGGUUGUUGAGACUUCUGCACUGAUGCUGAGGUGUGUUCUGUUUGAUAUGUCCUCCCCACAAGGAGCUCCAAAAUGUGCUAUUAUUUCAUUAUGAGUCUGCAUGCUUGCUAUGGUUACUGUCUUUAUUCCAGUACACAUCAUAAUACUGUGUUGUUUGAAUGACAAAUGACAGAAUACCAAACCUCCAGGGCCACAAGGAAGGGCCUCAUCAUGGAGAAUAAACAGGUUUGCAGGAUUUCUUCUCCCAUUAUCUCAUCAUUUCUCCCUCUGUUUUCUUGUCCCAGCAAUACACUACAACAAUAUUUGAUGAUGUCUGUGUUAAUAUGAUUAAACAGAAAGGAAAUUAACAUUCUGUCUCAUGUCAGCCAUGAUCAUUUUGUCACUCUGCUGGUUUAAGCAAAGUUUACAUGCAGUGAAAAUUGUGUGUGAAAAUCUUUUCCAGUUUGUGGUUGAGUCUGAUUGUAUUGACUUCACUUAAAUCUUUUGUGGAUUUCUUGUAUUACUCAUGUUUAAAAACAAUUUACUCUAUGCCUAAACACAAAUUCUAUUGCAGCUUUGCCAACCCAAACACUGGAAGUGGCCCAACUUUUCUAAAGCUGGAAGAUUUUGACUCAGAAUAGAGCUACAUGGGGUUACUUAAGGGUUUAUCAAUAUACAAUAUUAUUUUUCUACAAUGACUGUUGAUUAAUAAUGUAUUUACAUCCAUUAUACUAAUCAAAAUAAUUCAAACAAAUACUUUUCAUUGAAAGGGUGAGGAUCCUCAGAACGUUGUAAUCAUGACUUGUAAUCUGGAAAAGUGGUCUGAGUAAAUACUGAAGGGAAAAAAUAGUGCCUAUGGCAAUGGUUCUUAACCUUUUUAGUUUUAGGACACCCAUAGUUAGACUCAAGUCACCCCUCAGAAAUGCCAGCUCUUAGCUUUCACUCUUUGACUACAGAAAAAUGGAG